AUGGCGUCGAAGAUGAUAGCCAACUCCGUGGAUACAUCAAAGUCCAAGCCCCAGGAAGCUGACCCGGAGAGAGGCGAGGGGGAGGCGGUGGACUACCUCGCCCGAGCGAACUGGCUGCGCGCCGCCGUCCUCGGCGCGAACGACGGCCUGGUGUCUGUGGCCUCCCUCAUGGUCGGCGUCGGCGCGGUCAACCAGACCGCGAAGGCGAUGGUCGUCUCGGGCCUGGCCGGACUGGUGGCCGGCGCCUGUAGCAUGGCCAUCGGCGAGUUCGUCUCUGUCUACGCCCAGUACGACAUCAUGGUGGCCCAGAAGGAGCGGAGGGCCAACGCUGAGACCACUGGCGCUGGCGAGGAAGAGGAGACCCUGCCGAGCCCAUUGGAGGCGGCGGGGGCCUCCGCUCUCGCCUUCGCCCUCGGCGGUGUCCUGCCGCUCGUGGCCGGCGGCUUCGUCAGGGCCUGGGCUGCCAGGGUUGGAGUGGUAUGCGGGGUGACAACCUUGGGCCUGGCCGGGUUUGGCGCCGCCGGUGGGUUGCUAGGCGGCGCCGCCGUUGGGAAGUCCUCCGUCAGGGUGGUAAUCGGGGGGUGGCUCGCUAUGCUGGUCACCUACGGCGUGCUAAGACUCUUCGGGCUCGUUUUCCAGAUGCAAAUCUCCUCGGCCUAG